CUCCAAAACCCCCUUUUUGUUCCCAAUGGCUGUGGCCGUCUGGUGACAAUCGGUGAAGAUAAUGAGAUCCGAGAGAUGAUCGGCAAAGAUGGCGAUGAGAUCAAAGUCAGGGGACUAGAGAGAGGCUGACAGUUGGAGAAAAGAAGUUCCUUAUUUUUGUGUCGCUAAGAAGAUUCUUAUUUUUUGUGUGGCUACCCCCUCUGGCCUUGUCUGAAUUUCCUCUGCUGGGUUUUUUUAGGUAUUGUUUGGAUUGAAGGUGUCGGACGGAGAGGGAGGGGAAGGGAUGGGGACGGAUGGCAAGGGAGGGGGAGUGAGGGAGAGCUGUCUCCUUUCUUCUGUUUGGGUUUUCAAAGAGGCAGAGGGGGAGGGAGAUGGACUGAUUCGGACUCCCUCCAACCCCCUUCGAAUAUGCAGAUUUGCAAUCCGUCCGAUUUGGGGGGUUUGGGAAGGAUUUGAGUGGCUGUUUACAUUAAGCUAAAUGUAAUUACAAAAUUAACCUUAAUUUUUUUA